AUGGUGUUCAAUCAUCUGCCGGCCGAUAUGGCCAAAGAGAUCAUAUUGCUCAUCGAGCUUACCACCCACAGCGCGGUUGAACUCGCCACCAGCCGUGCGAGCUUCAUAAUUCCUGCCGUGGCUAGUUUAUGGAUAUUUAGACGAGGCAACAAUAUGGAUUUUGGGUACAGUUCAAUGACUUGUAUCCCGUGGGUGAGUUGGUGCACACUCGGCUCUGUGGGAUGUUUGAGUCCUCAGGUACAGACAAAACUGAGUGACGUCUACCGUUUGGAGUGGUCCUGCAUUUUGUGGAGUCGAUUAGAGGGGAUGACUUGGUUAGAAUCUUGGAUAGUCGUUUGGAGGUUUGUGGUGAUGCUAGUUGGAAAACUUGUCGAGAAGUGCUUAGCGUGCUCGUCAAUCGAUAGGCCGACUAUGAAGGAAGUCGUGAUUGAUUUUAUCUGCAUGAGUAGGGAUUUUGGGUCAGGAGGCACGUGUUUGAGUUUCAGUCUGCAGGGGGCUUCUAUGUUUUUAGGCAGUGAAACAAUAUAA